CAUAAUGCCCUUGCUAUUGGUUUGGGGGUUUCUUUUUCCCCUUCAAAAGAGACAUUCACAUAUAGAGCAAAUAUAGAAAACUCCCAAGUUCAGAGCAUUGUGGCUAUUGGGGAACGUCUUUGUUAUUGUGUAUUUUCUGCAGCUGAAGCAGCACAAUAUCUUAAGUCAGUUGCUUUGUUGUCACCUCAUAAUUUAAGUUUGAACUGAGUCUUGUCAAACUUCAGAAACAUGGAAUAAAGAGCAGAAGCACUGAACAAUUUUGAACAGAAUGCAGGAGCUACGUAAGUUUUAUUUUGCUACAACUCCAUAUAGCCCUUUGUUGGCUCUUAGUAAAUACAUGGAACCUCAUUUCAUUUAAGCAGCUGCAGUUUUGGCUACAUGGCUGACAGGUGAUGCCAAAUAUGGAUUCUGAGGGAAUCCAUAUAUGAGGCUCCUGCAGUGCCUGAAGAACUGUGCCCAUACCAUCCUGACUGCAGGGGGGUGACAUGAACUUACCAAUCUCUGCAUAGAUGACAUCAUUUUCAGUCUCCUCCACAUUCACUGUUGAUGUAAAGCCAGUUGAGGGCCUGGUAGACUUAUAUUUUUCUGCAAAUUGUAAAAGAAAAACACGUGUGUAUACCUGUAUCAGUUUUUCUUAAGAGGGAAGUAAGCAGUUUCAUGGUAUUUUUUGAAUAUUUGGAGACCUCAGAUAAUGUUAUUUUCAUGAUAAAUAUUGCUCUUUAACCAAGGGCAUUUUAAUAGAUUUUAAUAGAUUUUAAUAGAUUUCUCUUUCCAACGAGAUCUGAUUCCUUCCAGUGUUUCUGUGUAUUACAUUAGAUGUUGCUUUGUUACUCCCAUCCCAGACCUGCCAUCCAAAACAGGGUAGAAGUUUUGCCUUAUCAAUGUUAAGUUGCCAGUGCUGGUUGAGAGGAGACUUGACAACAUCCUAAAUCACCAAGAGCUACUCUGUUGGUAAGGUGAUGUGUACACACUAAAGUAUAUUGACAACAUAAAUGAAAAUGAAAGAGACAUUCAGAUAACUCACUUGCUUUAUAUGAAGGAAUUAUGAAAAAUGGAAUUGCCAGAGCAAAUCCUAUUACGAGUAGUAGCAGGAUCAGCCCAAGAGAAAUUAUCAGGCCCUGAGAAUGGCUUCUCUCUUCUGCCAAAAAGAAGAAAAAAGUAUUUAUGCAAUGAAAUGUUUUGUAUUUUAAGUAUUUUCUGUGCAUUAAAAUCAAGGUCUUUGGAAUUUCUUUCAGCUUUUGGAUUAACUGUGGUUAAUGUAAGUGCUCAGGAGAGUCCCAAGGGCACUGUUCCCCAGCUUGCUGGUGCCAGGAGUCUCUCUCCUAGGACCAGAGAGACAAAUAAAACCAGACUCUCCCCAAGGUGGACCAGGGGUCUCUUGUAAAAGUGAGUCUUUUACAGUCAUUCUUCAUGGGCACUUCAACUUCUCCUGUCUAGGCUGCGUGGAAUUCUGUGGGUUUGCAUGCAUUUGAAAAACUAAAAUUAUUUUUUUGUCGUAAAAAAUUAUAUUUUGAACAUGAUAUUGCAGGAACAAAAUAUCUAGCUAAAAAACUUGGAUCAUGACAGCAUUCUGAACUUUAUAUGGUCCCUGUUUGUCAGUGGUAACUCUUUUAUGCUUACCUGCUAAUGUGAAGUUGAAACUGUUGCUGUAUUUCAUACUAUUGGGAAAACUAUUAUUAGCUUUGCAUUUAUAGGUUCCAGAGUCAGUAGAGGAAUUGACAAAUAGAAAAAUCACAGCUGCUUCCCUCUCAUGCAUCAUCACUGGGGGAGAGAUACUUUGUUUUCCCUUGAAGAAUAUGUAAGUGAUGGGAAGAGAUCCAUUCUCGGAGAAACAAGACAGGGUCACGUUCUGGCCUUUCGUUGUGUGAGAGGUGGGUGAGCUCAGCACUGGUUUGGAAAUUGGCUCUGACAAAAGAAAACUUAAAAGGCUCAAUCACUGAGUACAGGACAAGCUCCAAGCAAGACUCAGAGUUAAGCAGCAAAAUGAGGUGAGCAUCGAGGAUGGAGGGUUGGUGAGCCAGGGCAGGGCAGCACUGCUGACUCCUGAGGGAAUAACAGCCAUCUGCAGUAAAGGUCAGCUCCUCAGGCAAGACUGUGCCCCUAAAAUAAAGAGUGCUGGGAAGGUGCCCAGCCAGACAUACCUAUAAGGGUGAAGUUGAGGCUGUUGCUGUAUUUUCCAUCACUGGAGGUGUUGUGCUCAGCUUUGCAUUUGUAGGGACCCAGGUCGCUGGCAGAGCUGAUUGUCAAGGUAAACAAUGCAGGGGUCGAGUCUGACCUGUUCAAAGAGGAUACCUGCUGGUUGUGUUUGAACAAGGUGUAUCUGACAGGUGGAGAUCCAGAGGCAGAGCAGCAGCAGAGGGUCACGUUCUGGUUCAUCACCACGUUCAAACUCCUGUGAACCAGUACGAGCUUGGGGUUGGACAGGAUCCCUGGAAAGGAGAAGCUUCUGAGUGAGUUGACUGCACCUAUCACCCAAAAAACUCCCAGAUUUUUCCCCAAAUAUGUUGAGAACCAAGCUAUAUUUAUUUCUGUUGAAACAGGGCAUUAUAUACUUUUUUCCACCUCCAAUAGCAGGCAGCUCAAGUUCAUACUUUUUAAAACCAGUAUGCAGCUUCACACAUGACAAAAAGUGCAUGUCUUCAUGCAAAAGAGGGCACAGCCACACAAAGCCCACAGAUGUGUCCAGGAGAACCAACAAAAAUACUUUUGAACUACAGCUGCAAUUAAAAUAAUAGAAGUACAAAAGAUAAAUCAAACAUUAGGAGUGUUAAUGGUAGGAGAGAAUAACCUUAUAUGCUAUAUGAAAGGUAGCAUGUGAACCUGAAAGCAAAAGCAGUAUUUUAUUUGUGGCUGUAUGUAAAAAGGCAGAAUUAACCUUGUGUAAGCAGAUUGAACUUUUGAAUAGUAGCAGAGACCUUGAUGGUCUAUCAAAUUUGUUUCCUUUUAUGAUAUUAUACAAAUAAAUUUGCAGUAAAAACUUGUCUUUUCAUAGAAAAUGGUACUAAACUACUCAUAACUAAAAUAACAACAUUUCUAGUGGGAAAAAAUAUUUUAACAACUUAAAGCAAUUUUGACUGUACAGAGAGGUCAGCAAAGAGACUGUUAACUUCGUAUAGAAACUUGUAAACUGCCUCACUGCACAGACAGGCAAAAGAUUUAAUUAUACAUGAACUUUUCAGACAUUUUUAAAUCCCUUCCCCGCUUUUUGGUUAACAGUCAAUUGCAGCACAUAUCUCAAAAUCAACAAAAGUGAACUUACCUUUGCCACUUGCAGUAGUUUUCUGUAUCUGCUGAGACAUUUGAGCUAAGAGAAGAAAAAGAAAAGCUUUCAGGUGAGAAACAGUGGUUCUGGUUUAGAAAGAUUUGGAGUAGGAAAGAAGCAUGUCCUUGGCUUACGGUAGGAAAACAGCAGAAUUGUGAGAAAAAACAUUUUCUUGUACUGGGCAAGAGAGCUGGUGGAGUUACAUGACAGAUCUUUCUUUCAAAAGAGAUCGAGGAGUGGCUCCAGGGCUUGAGGAAGUUCUAUAUAUGGAAACAGUGCUGAUCUCUACUGAUGUUUCUGUGAAGAGUUUUUUGUCAUGUUCCAUGCACAUUUAGCCUGUGGCAGGCAGGGUAGUGACAGAGUGAGGAGCAGCAGUUUGGGAUGCAGGUAAAUGUUGCCUAGAGUUGUUCUAGGAUACAAUCAGCAGUUUUCCAUGUGAGUUGGGUGGUAGAACCAUGCUGCCAUGUAUGGAAUCAUAGAAUCACUGAGGUUGGAAGAGAACUCUCAGAUCAUUGAGUCCGACCAUUGCCAGGUCCACCACUAAACCAUGUCCCCAAGUGCCACAUCUACACAUGUUUUAAAUCCCUCCAGGGUUGGUGAUCCCACCACUUCCUGGGACAGCCUGGGCUUAACAGCCUUUCCCAUGAAGAAAUUUUUCCUAAUAUCCAGUACGAACCUCCGCUGGUACAACUCGAUGCUGUUUCCUCUUGUCCUAUCACUUGUUACUAGGGAGAAGAGACCAACCCCCAUCUGGCUACAACCUCCUUUGGGUAGUUUUUAUGGUACUGUUCCUAAAAGGGAAUGAGAUCAAUCACUGAUCCGUAUCAAAAAGUCACAUGUUUGCCACAGACAGUGCAAGUGAUCAUAUGGCUGAGACUAAGGAAGUAUGUGGUACUGAGUGUUUUUUAGCAGCAAUAUAAUUAAAAAAAGCAGUCCAGAAAAAAGAGAGUAUCAAAUUUAGAGAAGUUUUAGGAUGAUAAUAAAUACUUAUAGCUAGCCAGCGUGUUUGGAAAAUAUUUUGGUCAAACUUCAAAUGUGAAGCUGUGAGGAAGUGAGACCUUGUAUUAGAUGCUACAGAUCUUAUAAAGAACUUGAGUUCAACAGCACUGCAUAAACAAACUUGAUGACUAAUUUGAUGAGCUAAUCCGUAAUACAAAUUACAGUCUUGGCAAGUAGAUGUUCUUUCCUUGUCAUCCUCUGGACAAAGUAAGUGUAAUCGUCAGCCAUACACGGGCAGUGCCUUCUGAGGGGCUCCAGGCCCUGGUGUAUAUGAGGAGGUGAUUGCUUACACAGAACAUGCCUUAAAAGAGUUGUUGUGAUCCUCAUCUUAUUUCCUGUUUCUUAGUUUCCAGUCUCUGAAGGCAGCAAGGCAGUCUGGAGGUGUAAUACAGGAUCCCUCCCAAAUCCUCGGCUCUUGCAGCAUUGCAAAACUUCCUCACAGAAUGUGUGUGCACUUCCUUCCUCCUUGUUUUUCUUUUCUUUUUAAUUUUAGGGGUGGAGGGGAUUUGUUUUGUUUUGUUUUUUUAAUUUCUUCUAAGACAAUCUCCACCCUCCCCUCACAAGUGUUUCUGGUUUGGAAACGCUGACAGCAAACCACAAGGGCGGAACAUCUUUUCACAGCUGUCAGGAAGCACGUGUGAAAAUGCAGCUGUUGGGGGAAGAACUGUUGGGGUGUUUGUGCAUUUUCCUGUUGUGGGAGCCUGUUCUUGUCAGAAACCCACACACACAGUCCCUGAGACACUGGCAGCCUGGGAUUGUGUCCCCUCAGAGGCCCUGGAGGUGCUCACCCACCACCCAAUGCUUUUCUCUUUCUAAGAAGCUGCUUCAUGCUGUGUGUGGGCAAUGGGGAGUGGUUACACAGCAAGUGUGAAUUUGGCCGUGCCUUUCAAAAAAUAAAAGUCUGGUAGUCACCAGGAUCUCUCAUCUACAGCAGCUUCAGUGGUGUUUGUGCAGGUUCCCUCGGGAUGCACAGCCUGGGUGUCCAAAGAGGACGAGUCCAAAGGCCUGGUUUCUGUUUGGAAUUGAGUUUACUUCCAUGCUGAUUGUUUUUCUGGCAGGGGUGACUAUUGACUUUGGACUAAGGUGAUGUUGCUUUGUUCAGCAUGUACACAGAGAGUUUUAUGCCAACAGUAAGAUAUUGUGUAAGCUCAGAGUUCCCUUUUUAUUAGAUGUACAAAUUUUCUGCCUGCAAUUAAUGUGGCUGUACAUGUAAGAAGAACUGAAUAAAUUUAGCAGAGUAAAGAACAUGACAUUACAGAACAGAAGCCAUCCAGCCAAAACAAGUAAGUUAAAAAGUCAGAAAGGGAAAUAUGUAUCACUUGGUGCUGUGACAAUAUUCUGCCUCAAGCGAGCAGGUGGAAGAGAAUAAAACCCAAACUGAGCUUUCAUUCACAAGGUCAGUGAAGGCUUGAGAAUGUAAAUAGUGUGAUAGUGUUCUGUAGUAAGGCUGUGAAAGCUUCACACUGUGUCUGUUCUAUCACAGGCUACCAGGGAAAUUUGCAUUUUUCAGCAGAAUUAUGAAAGUUAUUCCCAGCCCCAGUUUCUCAUCCUGAGAGGUUCUGGAGGAGCAUCUGCUACAGUAGAUAUCUGCAGAAGGUUUGCUAGAAAUCACCAUGUACUGACAGCUAUGUCUGAUGAUGAAUUAAAUUAAGGCUCUUGUUUUGUCUGCAGAAAGGUUUUAGUGAAAUAGCUUGAUCCUCACUGAAUACCGUAUUUUUACACUCCUGUAAAAAUAGCUGUGGGAGCCAGUCUGCUGUUUAUUUUAACUACUUGAUGUUUGUGAGAGGAUUGUUUUUCUGGAGGACAAUUAAGAGUAGAAGAGGAAAUUAUCUCUUCUAUAUGGAUAUUUAAGGUGGCUUUAAAUUUCUUGCAGUGAUGCUCAGGUUCUGAAUGAGAAUUUUGUUGUGACUGGUUUUCAGUUAACUGCAGGUUGCAAAGGACAUGUCAGCAGGUGAAAAGAACUUUUGGGCACCCAGUUUGAUAACCUAGCAGCUCCCACAUCUCCCAGAGAUGAAAUGUGGUAUGUCUGUCCUCUGAAUCCUCUCCCAAAACUGGAAAAAGAAAGAAAGAAUUUGGAUGAGACAUGGAAAACUGGGGUUACUAAUACAUUUCUCAUGGGAUAAAUUCAGACAUCACUGUAUGAAGAGUGUUCCAGAGAAAUGUGUUCAGGAAUUGCUGUAAGAGUGCUGUGGUUGAAAAAUAUGGAGUACUCUCUUAGUCAGCUUAAUCAGCCUUCUUUACAAACUCACAGUUGUAAUUUUAACUUUUUUCUGCUGCCUAACCUCUGAUAAAAGUUAACUUUUUUUUUUUCCUUAGAAAACAUACUGAAUGAAAAGAAAAAUGCUAAAAAAAAUUAAAUCUGCCAGGACUCUUAUCUGGUUUUCAUCCCUUUUCAAACCUCUGGUGGUGUACUCUGAGGUGUCUCUGAGGAGUAUCUGCCCCUCUGUGCAGUUUAACCAGCAGUUACAUGAGUGGCAGCACUGGCUGUGUGUGGGCACCUGCUGCAGGAGUGGACAGCGGGUAAAAAUGCCCUCGAGGAGCUGAGUCACUCACAAGCUGCUGGCACAAGGAAAGGUCAAGGUGGUAUCACAGGCCACAAAAAUAAUGGAAUCAUAAAUUGAUUUUGAAAGAAGGAAUUUCUCUCCUUUUAUCCAACUGAUGAGCUGAAUUUACUUCUUGGAUUUUGGUCAACACCAGCGGGAUUUUCCUCUCCACGACAAUGUCGAGGCUGGGCAGGAAUGUGACAGUGUAAUCAGCCUGUAAGAUCUUCUGGAAUGUACUUCUCUUGGGAACGACAUCUCCCAACAGCCUCAGGUUCAGAACUCUACACUCAGGAUAAAGUUUUUACUUUCAACACAGUUGAAAUCAAGGUUGAGCCAUCUUUCAAAGUGAGGAAUGGAGCUCCCAUGUCAAUUAUCUGCCACGCUGAUAUCAGCAAAAGUGCUGAUUUCCAGCUGAAGUAUAAUUUUACGAUUUUUAAGGACCGCAGGCUCGUGUUUAUGACUGUGUCAGACACAGGAGAUGCACGGUAUGAAGUACCUGUGGCCAAAUCUUCAGACACAGGAGACUAUCAGUGUACUGUGAAAGCAGAUAAAAAGACAGGAUCGAGUGACCCCGUCCACGUUUGGGUAACAGGAAUGACCAAGCCAACCCUGACUGCUGACAAAAGAGAUGUUUUGGAGGGUGAAGUUGUGAAGUUACGUUGUGAGCUGCCUGAAGAAGAACCUCCUUUACAGUUCUGUUUCCGAAAGAUAAAGACGAAUUCAACGCCUAGAGAAACAUGUGUACCUGAACCUUACACAAAUUUUUCUGUACUGGAGGUUUCUGUUGAAGAAGGAGAUAAUAUUUUACAAUUUGAUUGUUUUGGUAGGAGAAAUGUAAAACUUGAAUGGGAAGACUCAGCACACAGCAACAAAACCCUCGUUACAGUCAGGGAACCAUUUAUAAAGCCCACUCUGACCACCGUGCCCUCAAGUAAUGUUACAGAAGGAGACCAAAUACAAUUUGAAUGCUCAACUGUAGUAGUUCGAAUGCAUGACAUUGAAAUCAUCCUCCAGAAAAACAAAUCAAUACUGAACAGUGUACAAGAUAAGAAACUUCUGAGAUACUCCACAGUAGCUACUCUAGAGGACAGUGGUGAAUACCUGUGUAAGGUGGAGCAAGGGGGAGCAUCUAAAACCACCAAACUGAAUGUUGUCGUGUCAGAGUUAUUUCCCAAGCCAACACUGGUUGCUUCUAUGACUAAGCUGGAUAAGAAUAAAGAAUUAAUUUUGAAUUGCAGCAUUAAUGGUUUUCAGAAAGCUAACUUCUCUAUCAUACGGAAAAACGCCAAUGGAGACAUCCCACUGAAAAAUUCUCAAACCUUAAAAAUGAGAGUUAAUGUGAAUGAUACUGGAUCUUAUACCUGUAAAGCUGAAGUAAAAGGAAUAGUCAAGGAGAGCAAACCUGUAAGGAUAAAUGUUUAUGCUCCAGUCUCCAAGCCAACUCUUUCCGUCGCCGGCGGUUUGCCGGAGGUGGUGCUGGGGAAGCCUCUGCAGUUGAUCUGCCACUCAGUGAUGGGAACACCACCAAAAACCUUCAGGUUCUACAAAGGAGAUGAUGUCGAGAAAAUAGUCAUUAAUGACACAUAUGCUACUUUCUUGGAUGAAAAUAUCAGACUAAAUGACCAAAGAGGAUACAGAUGUGAUGCCAGAAAUAAUCACUCCAGUGGUGUGAAAACCAGCGAUAUCCUGAACGUCACAGUAGUAGUGCCAGUCAGAGAUGCCAGCUUGGGCAGUGUUCCAUAUGGAGAAGUGGAAGAUGGCAGUGAGAUUGCUUUUCUCUGCUCUGUGAAAGAAGGGUCUUUGCCAAUCCUGUUCAGGUUUUUUAAAAAAACUGAUAAUGAGGUUCUUCUGUUUGAAAAAAUUGAACAUAGAGACAGAGCCAUGUGGCACAAGGAAACAAUGAAGAGGCAGGACACGGGGACAUAUUAUUGCGUGGCCUCGAACCGAGCCAACGUGGACGUGAGGAGCCAGCCCAUAACCAUCAGUGUCAUCUUGGCAGCUUGGAAGAAAGGAGUCGUUGCUGCAUUGGUCCUGAUAACCAUUGCAGGAGCGGGAGCACUCGCCUUGUGGUGGUUUUUGCGUAAGAAGAAAAAGGCUAAAGGACCAUCCAUGGAGAUGUCUGGUUCAGCCUUGGCUGCAAACUUGACAAGUGAAAAACUGGCAAGACAGCCCAAUGAUGGAGACUAUUAUUCAGGAUCAGGUUACAUUGAAGAUAGUGAAAAUCACAUGAAAUCAACAGAUGAGAAUAAAGGACCUGACCUUGAGAGUGCUGAGGUGGAGUACACUGAAGUUGAAGUAUCAACGCUUGAUCCUCACAGAGCUCCUGUACAGAAGGGGACUGAAACAGUUUAUAGUGAAAUCAGAAAAGCUAAUAAUGAUUCUAUGGAAAACAGGCAUUCUAGAAUAUCAGGGCAUCCUGAUGCUACUUAGAACAGUCAUCUCAAAGAUCAGCUGGGAGAAGAAAACAAGCCAAGAUGGAAGAUGUUGCAAAUGUUUCAAAGGCUCUGCAGCAGUUAUUUAUGAGUUUGCCAGACUCUUCUUUUCAAAGUUUAUUUCCUUAGGGGGAACAAUAGAGAUGUUCCUAAAGCAUUUAAUGGAAAAAAUUGCGAAUAAAAAUUCUCAUAGGAAAGUGGCUCUAGAAACCACUGACCCAGGUUCUCAUUUUUAUUUUCUCCUGCUAAUGCAAUUUAGCCUUUUUUUUUGCCUCCAAUUCAUCAUUCUCUGAGGAAACAAAAGGGGAAGUUACAGCUGAGGAAGCACAUUUCUACAGUGCAGUGACUGCUGGGAUGCCAGUAGGACGUAGAAAUAUCUAAGCUUGCUUUGAACUUGCUACCUUGGUUAUCAGUGACACUUCUGUGGCAGAGCAGAGCUCAGCACAGCUUGGCCAGCCAUGGAUGUACUUUCUGAUCCUGCAGCUUGUGCUGAACUCCCUGUGCUGCAGCAGCUGGACUGCUACCAGGCUUGGAGCCAGCUCACUUUUAGCCCUGGGGAUGCUUCACUGCAGGGAGGGCCUGACAGAAGAGAGAGCUCUGGGUGCUCGAAAAACUUGAAUAACUGUUGUGAGAUUCAGACUUUACCAAGUGCUUCUAUCAGGAGGGGCACAAAUAGUCUUUAUUCUUUGCUAAACUGCUUUUCCUCUUUAGAAGGUCUGGUGCUUGUUGGUUAGUUUGGUGUGAUGGUUCUUCAAGAAAUGAUUGUCCAUCACAGUUGUUUUGGAUGAUUCUAUGAUAGGUCUUCAGGGAGUGGAUAUACUGCACCCAGGUCAGUGAGUUUAUACCUGAAAAUCCUGUUAUGUAUAAUCUUUAUUCCUUUGAUUUUAGGAGCGAUCUGAAGUCAUACUUGUGCCCAGUUUCUCCAGUAUGGAACUCCAUACCUAACCUUUUUCUGUAUAGCAUGAUAAACCACUAACAUGGAUCCAGUCUGGACCUGGAUCUAAUCUCUGCAGCCCAUGUUUAUCUCAGCUGCAUUAGUUUAAAAAAAGAACACAAAACAAACCAGAAAAAAUGCUGUCCCCAGCCCCAUAACCAGCUGGCCUUUGGCACUGCAAUUGCUCUCCUUUUCUUACUGCAGAUUAAAUUACUACAAGAUCUGGGCCACAGGUAAGAAGGUUCUCAUUUUAAUUAGAAAAUAGUGAAAGAAAGGCCGUGGAUUGUGUAUACAUACAUAGUUACUGCUUUAAGCAUUGCAUCAAGGGUGCAAAACAACCACAGAACACAAAAGGGUUUUAUAUCCUCAUUCCAAGUGUUUAAAUUUUCAAGCUCCAGUUACUGGCUAAUAUCUCUAAUUUAUUGUUCCCUGUGCAAAUGUUGUUUGUAUCACAAGCCUGUCACAACUGACUGACUUCACAGCUCUUUCUGUUGACAAAUGUUCCUUCAGCAUCCCACGAGUGUCCAUGCAAAUGCCUUAGUAUAAGGAAUGUGAAAAGGUAUUUUAAUAAAGAAAACUCUGAAUUGAA